CAACAAGACAGUGCGUGGUGACAGAAAUGAGAAGUACAAGGAAUUGGAAAAAAUGGGAUUUAUUGUAAUGUAGAGUGGUCUUGAAAACUGUGGAAAAGCAUUUUACCAUGGCGUCCAGAGCAGAGGCAAAUUUGAUGUCAUUAUUGUCAACAUUAGAGUCCAAGACAGCAAAACGGGAUGACAAGAUCGAGGCCUAUGACAUCAUCUGCAGGAAUUUGAAAGAGGAGGAGUUGUCUCUCUUUACUCAGGAUGUUACAGUAGAGGGCAAACGUGUGUUGGCAGUCCUCAGGAAUGAUAUCAGGACGGAGUGGGACAGCGUGGCGCAGGGAGCUCUCCAGGUGCUGGGCUUCUGUCUACAUGAUCCAGAUAUUGUCAGGGUAUUAUCUGUUGCGGAGGUGAAGGGAGUGCUGACAGAUUUGUGUGACUGUGUGAAGAAGACCGUUGACAAGCUGACAUGUACUCGGGCUCUGUGGUGUAUGUCCAGGCAAUGCCUACCUCCUCACCUCCUCACCACACAGGUGGAUGGCAUACUGCAUGCUGUUGCGCAUGCUUUGGACCACUGGAAAGGCCAGUCCAUAACAGUGGAGUUUGAAGCUGUCAACACUGUAGCCAGACUUCAGGAUCAAGUCCCGAAGGAGAUGGGAAAUGCGUACAUGAGCUGGGCUAAGCUCCUCUUCCCUAUGCUCGUGCACAACGCCGUGAAGGUGAGAGAGAAGGCGUUUGCCGUCUUACAGAAGGUCCUGUCUACGGUCCAGAUGGAUAAGGAGUUCACAACGUCGCUCAUAUCAGAUCUCAAGUCGAAAUGGAUAUCUGAGAUGACAAAAUUGUUCCAGUCCAAGAAUGAGAUGUAUGUGUUGUCAGUAUGGUCUUUUGUUGUACAGAUUCUGGGAAAGGUGUUGCACAGUGGGAGCUUCAUCAAUCACAUCUUACCCCUGGUGGAGUUAGGGUUUAAGAGUCCCUGCCCUCAGGUGAAAUGUCAGGCCUUCCAGGCGUGGAAACACCUCAUUGAAAACUUCGCCCUUAAUCCAGACAUAAUUUGCGAUGCAAAAAGAGUGAAGCUGAUUAUGCAAGUGUUCAAGAUUAACAACGCCAAAGUUGAGUCCGUGGCAGAGAAGAAAUUUGCCGUCUGGUGGCAGUUUACUCGCUGUCUGGGACCUAAAUUGUCUUUAUAUUUUGAUCAGGUGUGUGUUCCUCUCCUGCAGAUGUGUGUGGGCUCCACUAAGUUAGGGGGGAAUGUGGCCCAGAGUCUGACCACACCCACCUUCUCAAGGGUCGGUAAGUACCAUUGUCAGAUGUGUGUGGGCUCCACUAAGUUAGGGGGGAAUGUGGCCCAGAGUCUGACCACACCCACCUUCUCAAGGAUGUGUGUGGGCUCCACUAAGUUAGGGGGGAAUGUGGCCCAGAGUCUGACCACACCCACCUUCUCAAGGGUCGGUAUGUUGACUGCAGGCACGAGUCCUAUCACUCCAAGGCUGAACUUGUCUAACCCUGGCUCCCAACUGCACCUUCCCUCCCUCCAGCUUAAGGGCUGUGAGGUGCUAGCCAGGCUGCUGGGGGAGAUACCCCCGGACGAGGACAUCACUCCCGUCCAGUUUUCCAUAGAGCCCCUGAGUACAGAGGUGAUGACAGGGCCAGCCUUCUUCCUGAAGCAGUCAGCCACCAUUUUGUCCUGUGCCAAAGAGUUGUUAAUCAGCCAGGGACAAAAUAUACAAGAGGGAUUGUUGUGUCACAUCUGGUACUCUCUUGUGGCUCACGUGAAAAAUGUUGUGGAGUCUGGGGCCAAGUCGGAGAGCCGAGACGUUCUUACGUCCUUCCUGAACACAUUCCAGUUGAUCCUUCUCAGCGAGACCAUGGACUACAGCAAAGUGCUGAAACUUUUCCAGGCAGUUUGUUGUCUGCCCAGAAAGGCCCUAUGUUCUACAGCCUAUCAGAUAGGAGGAGGGGAGGUUCUUCAUGGCACGCCGGUGAUUUUCCUGACCGAACUUCUGCUCACACCCAAGCUCCUGGAGUCCUGUGUGCAGAAUGAGAAGUACAUGUCCCUGUUUGGCCUGCUGGUAGAGAUUGGAGUUAGCCACGGAGCAGUGCUGGAAUUCUCACAGUUCACUCUCCAAGUCCUGGACCGACACGCUCAGUUUGUGGCAAGUGACCAGUUGUGGAGAAUGUGGAGUUUGAUUUUCACUCCCCUGGAAAAACACAUUAUAGAGACAAAUGAGGUGAACCAGGGAGACGUGCUGGAGCAUGACUUCACCUGUAUGUACACUGCCCUCAUGUUUCCCAUCUCUCAUCUUCUCACGGCACACCUGGCUCAGGGCACCACAAAGGUGAUGUUGAAGACUUGGUCUGAGCUGUACAGGACAUUUGCCCGUCUCUCCUCAAUGGUGACUAACGCGGAGGCUAAUGUGAGUUGUGAGCAGUUAUCCCACAGGAUUCACACAGCUAUUGACUUUACCUCAGCACAGGAGUUGAGUUUUUUGGACCCUCUGACUCAGAUGAUGGAGGUGAUUCUGGGACAGGUGGACUUUUCCUCGUUAGGAGCCCCCAGGGCUUUCACAGCCACCUUUAGUCCUUCUCGCUGGAUGAAGAAGAAGCAACGCCCCCUGGAAAACAUCCACUCUUUUGUGACGUUACUGGCAGACAUCAUCCUGUCUCUGCAUGAAGUGGCCACUGUUUCUAACAGAACACCAGGAAAGCAGAAGAACCAAGCCUUGAUUCUCUCAGUGUGGAGUUGCAUUGUGGGAAUGUUGACAGUAUUGUUCAGUCAUGUGACCUCCUCACAGAUCAUUGGCUGCUUGGUGGACAAACUUGCUCAACCAAUGGCCAUGCUGUUUCAGUUAGCCAGCAGCAAAGGAGCACCUGCCUACCCUGCCUCCUUCCAACAAAAGCUGGAGAAGCUUUGGCUGGAUGUCGCCACCUGUCUACAGACACGUUACACAGGUGGUUACGACACAGACUUUCUCUGCCAGUUAUCUCCCUUGCUGGAGGUAACCUUCCCUCACUCUCGGAGACAAAUUAAGACUCAGACCGUGCUUCUGUGGAAUUCUACCUUCAGUAAAUCCUUGGCCCUUGUUUAUCCCGAAACGCUGAAACCAAUACUGGUGAAAGUCAAAGAGAAGACCCCCAUCAUUUUACCAGGGUGGAUUUCCACAGAUGUACCUGUUGUAGAGGAAACACCCGUCAGUCAAUUUAGUCAGGCAGGAUCAUGUGCACCAGAACCACAUCUCCCAGGUAUGCCGUCCCCUCGCAAAGUCUGCGGGAGCUUCCUCAACAAGGCCGUCUCCCCAAACAUCAAGAAGUCGCCAGCCAGACCCCUAGCUCCAAAGAUUGACAGCAAGCCAACGUCAGUUAGCAAAGCCAAGAAAAACCUGUCUUUGUCAGAUAUGAGAGAUGAGGACUUUGUUGUAAUAGCGCCAUCUCCCAAACACAAAACAAUUCUGACCGAUCAUCAGAAGGAGGUGCUCAGAGAAAGAAGCACUCUGCCUGCCAUGUAUAACAACCUGGAACAAUCCCAAGAUGUCAGUUUGUCAGCACAUUUCAUCACGGAUACACAAAAUGAACAAGCCUCACAGAGUGACUCGGUGAUUAUUUUGGAUAGUCAGGAUGUGAAGCAGACAAAAGAUUCUCAUGGUCAAGAGGAUGUGAUGAGAGGUGCAAAGCGCAGGCGCUCUAUCAGAUUUAGUGACGAGGUUUUCGAAGAGCCUGCUGAACCAAAAGCUAGGCAAAUCACAGGGUUCAAACGCUCCAGAAUUGUGGAAGGAACGUCUGAGGACAAGUGUGAUGAUAACGACAUGGAUAAAGUAGAAAAUGCAGAGAAGGAAAAAUCUGAUUCUGUAUCUGUGGAUUUUCCAUCGCAAGGAUCCAACUUAUUCUUGAAGCCCAACCCACAGGAUGCGAUGGGUGUUUUUUUGUCUGAUGUCUCCAGCUAUUCUACAGGUAAAUCCAGCAUGGUGGUGGAGAGUGACAAAUCUGCAUCUGCCUCCAUGUUAGAGUCAAAUAAAAAUGAGAAAACUGUAACACAAGAAGAAAAAUUGAAGGAGAAGUCAUCAGUGGCAUCUUCUUUCCUUGACAGUUCGAGGACUUCGAGUUUCGGCCAGCUGUUUUCUUGUUCCGAUGAUAGUUGUUCUGUAUCCAUGGUGACCCGAGUGAACAUGGAUUCUGUGGUGGAAGACACACAAGAUAUGCUGAGUCCAGAGAGAACAGAGACAGCCCACCCUGACAAGGAGACUGUGAUGGAGACACCGGUAAAGUCUGUGGACGAUAGUUUUACCUUGGCAACAACACCCACUAGUCGAGCUCUAUUCCAUGGCCAGUCUGAUGAAAACGCUGAUGAUGCAAGUGAUCAUUCGCUGUCAGCCGUGUUAACGAAAUCUCCUGUUGUUAAGAUUCAGAGAUUGUCCGGAGAGGAGAUACGUAAAUUCAGCCCUCAUAGAAUAAGGCGUUCACAGAAUGAUGAUAUUGUGCAGUCGCAGCCAGAAUCAACACAGUCAGCAUGUCUGGCAGCGACGAGAGUGCGGCGCAGUUUGAGUCAUCCGCAGAGUGGGCGCUUUGGCGGGGAGCUUAGGGGUGAUGCACGAAUUGUGAUGCCUGAAAAAGAUGCAUCAGAGUCCAAGCAGGAUUCUCACACUUCUGGAGAAGUUACUUCCCCUGAGGUGCAGCUCUCCCAGGGAUUUUCAGUCAUCUCUGAAUCAAGUGAAAGCAAAGGUGAAGGUAAAGACAAAGACAGUGCAAUGGAAAGUGACGGUGAUGUACAGAAUAAUGGUGCAACGGUAAAAGGAGAGCAAAGUGAAAAUAGUAAGGAGUUCAGUUCUCCAGACCUUAUCACAUCCACACAGAAUGAAGUCUCUGUUCGUCCAUACAAUCCAGAUCAUGCUGCACCGACCUUGAAGAAUUCCACAGAAUUGUUUUCGGAACUUUCUCCCGUAGCACCAUCGACAUCAGCAACAGAGGGGGAGAGAGAUUCCGAACCAAAUUCCAACGAGUGUUUGAAAAGUCAAGAGACUGAGAACACUGAGGAGAAUGUGCCAGACACUUACAACCCAGAACUUGCCUCCACGCUCUCCAAUUCAUCCGAGACGAAAUCACGGCGGAAAAGCCAUGUUCCUCUGAAAUCAGAAUCUGUUGUUCAUAAUACAAGAGCAAGAAGGAAAAGUAUGCCAGCAGUCCAAACACUCACAGCAAAAAGCAAGCAAGGAUUGAGAACCAGGUUGUCUGUCAAAGAAACUCGCAGUAAAGACAAUAAUAGCGGUAAUGUGAACCCUGAAGAUACUUGUAAGAACCCUACAGAUAGUGGAAAUGUGAGACCUACGGAUAAUGGUAACGUUAAAUCCGCAGAUAAUAGUGAUGAUGUGGCAUCUGCUAGUAAUGAUGAUGUGAAAAUUACUGAAAGUUUGGAAACUAGUCAGGGCAAAAUUCUCCAUUGUGGUAAAAAAUCAGAUGGGAUGUCUGAAAACACGCAAAACAAGUUGCCUUUAGAGAAGAAGAGAACUGUUCGAAAGACCCGCCGCUCAUGUAUAGAAGCGAAGGAAAACACUGACACGUCGAGUCAAGACUCAACUGAUCUGUCUGGUUCUGAAUCUGCCAGACCUCGGCGAAGGUCGACAAAAGCUCUGAAGGAAUCACAGAAUGAGGAAUUGGUGGAGAAGAAGAUCGCAGAGGACAGGACGCCUCGGCGAGGGCUUAAAAGAGGACGGCGUGGCCAGGAAAAGCUUGAUGAAAAUGCAUGUGAUGAAGAGGUGACCUUCAAAUGUAGAACAGAGACUGAAGAUACACCAGCCAUUGACAAACUUUCCAGUGCGGAGGACAACUUACUCACUGCUAUUCCAGAGGACCUAUCACCAGAUAGAACACCAGAUUCUAGAGAAAUAAUCCAGAAAGAACCCCAACGGCAGAGUACGUUGAUCGUAAAAAGAGAUGCAAAGGGAUCGGCUUUAAAUUCCCGCCCCGAUACGCCUAAGGCGAGGAAGAGUCUAACCACGGUAGAUCCAUUUGGCAGUGAUUCAGAGGAAAAUGUGCCGCUUUCUACCUUUACUUCUCAAGAUUCCUCAGUGAAGAUGGAUGUCUUGUCAGGAAAGAGUAAAGAACCGCAAGACGCGAAUGACAGUGAGCAGCUUUUGGAAGCUAAGGUUGAUCAGAUUAAAGAUUCCGUGUCAGGAAAACAUGUGCCUGAGGAAGAGGUCAAGAACAAAUGUGAAAGCAAAUCUGAGAAAAUGGAUGAACGGGAAGAAGAAAAAACAAGACGUCCAGAGUCCUCCAGUGAUGUUGCCUGCACCCCAACUCGACGUGCACCGCCAAAAUACAAAGUGGCUAAAACGUCUCCCAUCAACCUAAGGACACGGUCAGCGCAGAAAACAAAACAAGCAGAGUGUGCCGAGCCGUGCGAUUCUCCGAAGUCCGCCACUAAAGGGAAACGACUGUCCUUGACACGGAAGAAAUUGAAUGUUGAGGAAGAAGCUGAUGCUUGUGGCAAAGCUGCUGAGGAAGAUGCAGGGGACAAAGACGCAGGGAACAAAGACGCAGAGAGAGUCAACCAGGAUAAGGAAUGGGUCCAGCCAGUGGAUGUGGAUAUAGAGACAUCAACAGAAGCAGGAAAUGAGGAAAAUAUGAAAAGUGUCCCAGUGCCUGAAAGCCUUUCCAAACAAGAUAAUGGCAAGGAAAUGUUCACAGAGAUAAAGCCUCCAGGGCGUGUAAGAUUCGCCGAUGAUGUUAUGGAUGGCGAGCCCAAGAAUGAAGAACAGAACAAUCCAGAUUCGCCAAUACCAUCGAGGAAGGUUGAUUUGGCUGCUCCAAGUUCUGACUCAAAGUUGUUGGAACGGAAAAACCUCCUGUGGAAAGAUCGGGAAUCCUGUAAGACGUCUCCCCGGGGAAUCUUAAAGCACACGGGAGCAUCCAGGGGAUUCUCCAAGAUGCAGCGCUUCUCCAGCCCAUGGACGCGUAUGCUUCAGAAGAAGAAGGUUCAUCCUGUGACAGUGCCGUGUCUCUAUUCACCGUCUGCGUCACCCAGUGCCAGCAUCCUGAAGAGACGUCGCCUCAGCGGAGACAUGGCAACCAAUUCACCAUCUCCUCCAUUGAAGCAACGGCGAGUUUCUUUUGCAGAGCCGAUUUCCAUGGCUGAAGAAGCGCCAUCCUCCCCGCUGAGGACGACUCAAGUGAACCGAUGCCUGGACCUACCCACCCCUGGGUCCCCUUCCACCUCUUCCACCUCUCACAAGAAAGGGGUGAGUCAGAGCCAGUCUCAGAGUAGCUGUGGCAGCACACAGGAGUCUCAGCUGAACUGCACAGAACCUGUUUACCCUCAACUACAGCAGUGUACCAAGCCUGUGGAGAAUGUCCUGUCACAGCUGACAUCAUCCAUGUGGUCUCGUGGCUUGGAACAGCUUGUGCGAUCACGUAAUAUUCGCACUGUUGGUGACUUGUGUAACCUCAGUGAAUAUGAAGUGCAUAAUCUUCCUAUACGCUCUCCAAAAGUGCCCACGUUACGGAAAGUCCUGAAACAGUUUGAGGACAGAACUGACCGAAAGACUGCUGUUUCUGGUGGCAGCGGUGGGAUUUCAGGGGGAGGCAAGGGUGUCCCUGGAGUUUCUGGACGCAAUAUUGAGACAGUGGAAUCCACUUCUGCUGAAGAGAAAGAUUUGGCAAUGGACUCUUCCCAUACACCACCUGGCUCCCCUCCGGAUACAAACACUGUGAGUAGUCUGAUAUGUGACCAAACUGUCCAAUCAGAGACUAAAAUGCACAUGACUCCCAAUCAAGAUGUUGCUGACAAAAGUCAGGCCCAAGGAGAUGGGGAACCCAUUGUCAUGGACACAGUUGCUAAGGAGACAGACGAUGAUGAUGUUUUGCCAGCAGUUGAGGAUGCCCUCUCGGAACUUUCUCCCUCCAAGGGUGAACUUCUGAUGAACACCAGUAUUGAUGGUGUAGAUGAUGAGUGUGAUGUUGCCAAAGCAAACGCAGAUGACGAUGUGAUGGAGGAGAGCAGUAACGUCACCAAGGAACAGUCAGUGGCAGAGAUCGAGUCUAACCACCAGAGCAUUACAGUCGACAAGGACAGUUUUCUCAGACACAUAGAAAUGUUCAGUAAAAACUUCACGAGUGCUGAGAUCAGUCGGUAUCGUUCCUGCGAGAUUCUGCAGCUUCACUCUCACCUGAUGACGUUGUUGAACGCGACGGCCUCUGCGCUCAGACCAAAGUGUAUUUCACCAGAUUCUCAAUCUUGAUCAGGUUCUGGUGAGUAGUGGAUUAGAAUUGUCUACGGAAGAUUCCAGAACGAAUCUUGUGCUGCUUACCUGUUUAGAUUAUCAGGUGACAUUUCAACAAAACAGGUAACUAGCAGGUUAGAAUUGCCUGCAGAAGAUUCCAGAACAGAUCUUGUGCUGCUUACCUGUUUAGAUUAUCAGGUGACGUUUCAACAGAGCAGGUAACUAGCAGGUUAGAAUUGCCUGCAGAAGAUUCCAGAACAGAUCUUGUGCUACUUACCUGUUUAGAUUAUCAGGUGACGUUUCAACAGAGCACGUAACUAGCAGGUUAGAAUUGCCUGCAGAAGAUUCCAGAACAGAUCUUGUGCUGCUUACCUGUUUAGAUUAUCAGGUGACGUUUCAACAGAGCACGUAACUAGCAGGUUAGAAUUGCCUGCAGAAGAUUCCAGAACAGAUCUUGUGCUACUUACCUGUUUAGAUUAUCAGGUGACGUUUCAACAGAGC